AUGGCGGCAGCCGAGCAUGCGAUCACGAUCAGCGAUGAGUCAGUGGCAAUGGAGCUGCCAUCUCUUCCGCCUAACCAGGGCCUUGAGGCGAUAAAGGAUAUUUUAUUUGGAUCGUCGGCAGGAAUGGCAGGAAAACUCAUCGAGUAUCCCUUCGACACGGUCAAAGUCCGACUCCAAUCCCAACCAGAACACCUUCCUCUUCGAUAUUCCGGGCCGGUGGACUGCUUCAAGCAAUCCUUCCAGUCAGAUGGCUUCCGAGGCUUAUACCGGGGCAUCAGUGCCCCUAUGUUCGGGGCGGCGGUGGAAACCAGCUGUCUGUUCUUCAGCUACCGCGUGAUUCAGGACAUGCUACGGGCUACUGUCUUCCCCGGUGUGGAGCAGUUGCCCUUCGCCGCUCUACUGGCUAGCGGUGCCCUGUCUGGCUCCGUCACGUCCCUAGCCCUCACCCCCAUUGAGCUCAUCAAGUGCAAGAUCCAAGUCCCUCUCGAAUCUGCAGGGCACAAGCCCGUGGGGCCACUGACCAUGGUCGCGCUUGUAUUUCGCCAAGAAGGUCUCUUAGGAUUCUGGCGCGGCCAGCUGGGCACCUUGAUUCGAGAGACCGGCGGUAGUGCCGCCUGGUUUGGUGGCUACGAGGGUGUCUCAUCCCUGUUGCGCAAGUCCAAUGCCCAGGACGCGACAGAGGCUCUCCCACUCUACCAGCAGAUGAUUGCCGGAGCCUCGGCGGGUAUGAGCUAUAAUUUCCUGUUCUACCCAGCGGAUACUAUCAAGUCACGCAUGCAGACCGCGGACAUCUCGACCUUGGCCGCUAACGGGGAGCGGCAGAGUUUUGUCGGUGUUGCGCGCGCACUAUGGAGACAGCAAGGUUUGAAGGGCAUGUAUCGCGGGUGCGGGAUCACCUGUGCGCGCUCGGCACCCAGUUCAGCCUUUAUUUUCUCUGUCUAUGAAGGAUUACGAUCGUACUUUGGAUGA